AUGUCCGGUGAUGACGUCAGCGCCAGUUGGAUCGCUGCAAAUGGAGAUCAAAAGUCUUUAUUGACUCUAGCUCACAAGUUGUGUCUGGGUUUUUUGCUCUCCAGAGAAGUGGCUAACUUUCUCUGCUUUCCUCCUGUUUUUGAGAAAGCCAUUCAGUCACUUUGGGGCUGUUCAUGGGUCUUUGAAUUCGUCAACCAAGCUUACCGCAAGAUGCUUGACCAUAAUGUACUAAAUAUCUGA